ACAUUUCCCGAAGAAACAGAGACACAGACACAGAUUGAGACACCGAGACCCAGACACAGACACCGAGAGAUCGAGACACCGAGACAGACACCGAGAUCGAGACCCAGACACCGAGACACACACACCGAGAGAUCGAGACGCCGAGACCCAGACACCGAGAGAUCGAGACCCAGACACCGAGACCCAGGCCCCGAGACCGAGAUGACCCAGGCCGAGAGCCCGCAUCCCGACAGCACAGACUCUUGGAAUUGGCUGGACGGCGGCGGCGGCAGUUGAGUAUCAGGCUCCUUGGGCACUGUCACUUGGAUAGUUCCAGAGCAGCUUUGUGGAUGUGAAUGCCCAGCUGUGAGCAACAAUCUUCUGGUUCCUUUCCAGAGCCGGAUUUGAUGGAGAUGGUGCGGAUCAGCAGCUUCAGUCACCAACAGUCGAGUCAGAGCAGCAAGGGCAUGGCAGCUGUGGGAAGCAGAGAGACUGACUUCCAUCUCACCAGGGAUCACCUUGACCACCUGAACUGGGGUGGGAUGGGUGCCUCCCUUCGCUUGAUUCUACCUGGAGAUAUCUGGUGGAUGAACAAGGGAGGUCAGACGGACACCGAAUCUGGCCAUCAGACAGAGACACCUUCCACCUACACCAAUCCAUUCAUUCUAUCAAUCAUUUCGCCAGCCAUGGAUCAGACUGACUGGACAUUGGACCAGACUGGCCAGUCAUUGGAUCAGGAGAAUGAACAAGCUUUUUCUGAUUGGCUUAGUGAUGUAGAGGAGGACGUGGAGGAUGAUGUAGGCUCCAUUGACUGGUCUAUCAGUGGUGAAGAUGAUUCAUCAAAUGAUGAACAAGAGAGUGAAAAUGAAGCUAAUGACCUUUGGGACUCAUUUUUUGACCAUGACCCCUACAAUCCCAUGAACUUUUCAGCCUCCACUGGGCACCAGUCUCUGGGCCAGAAUAAAAAGGCUGCUGAAGAGAAGAAUGAUGAUUCAAAUCAGUUUGAAACUGAAGCGUCAGAAAAUGAAAAAAUCAACCCCUCGGUUUAUCAAAGCACUGAUCAUUUAAACCCACUGAAUUUCUCUGUUUGCACUGUGACUAUUGGAUCCACUGACAACAGAAAGGAUGGAGUCAGAAGCAUUGAGUUGUCAGAGGAGGUGACAGCAGACAGUCCUGGUCCGAAACACCUCACACAUCUCUGUGAAGGUGAAAACUGCUCAACAUCAACUGUGAAGCAAGAAGCCAGUCAGUUGGAGGGAAAAACUAUCAGAAAGGUGCGAUUCUCUCCUGUGGUUACAGUACACCCAAUGAUUGUGUGGGAUUUUGCCUAUCGGGCUGCACGCAAGGGUCCAUGGGAACAGCACGCACGAGACCGGUGCAGAUUCCAGCGUCGCAUUACUGAGGCUGAGGGUGUGAUUGCCUCCUGUUUGGAACAGGACCAUAGGAAUGCUGUGUGGGCAAAACUUUCUGCUCCUUCAACAGAGCUGUGUGAACGUAUAAACCAGGAAGAAAGUACCAAAGACAAACACUAACAAGAUAUCUUUUUUCCUUGUGUGAUCAAGAGCCAGUCAGUAUAGCAGGCUACAGAAAUAUAAUAGUUAUUAACCUGCUAUUGGAGUGGUGAAGGACAGAGCCUUCACAAUGCAAAAUAAAUCUCUAAUUGUGGUUUUAUUUGAUUUGUAUAUUCAGAAGCUGUUUCUACUGGUAAUCACCAAUCUUACCUAGUUUGGUUCACUUUGGACUAAAUGGCGUUUGUAUAUUUAGAUUUGUAAUUUGUAUAAUAAAUUUUCUUAUACCUGA